CCUGGUUGCGAGUUGCAUGACCUGCUGGUGUGUCUUGUGUUACUGGUUACAGGGAGAACAAAAGACGAGAGGAGGAGCGAGAGCAGGUGCAGAGGAACAACUCACAGACAAGCCACAAACAGACAACUGCUCUGCUACCUUUCCCUGCUCUGAAUGGGACCAUGUCCUGCACCUCCAAUGAGCAUCAGGUAAAGGCAGAGCUGGGGAUCUGACGCUGGAGCAGAGAAGGAGAAGACUUUCAGCUUCCAUUGCAGCAAAACAAAGCAACAGGUACAAGAGAACAAACACACUCAGGACAAUGGCUGGGAAAUCUCUGAGACCAAACUCUGAAUGGUCGGGACGUUGCUGUGGAUUGGCUUUGCUUGUGUUGUAAUACAGGGGAAGCCUCAGCAGCCGGUGUCCUUCAAUAUAUUGAGUGGAGAAGAAUGAUGUCCAUCAGCUACACAACUGCGGUGAACAUUAAGGAAAAUAUAACAUUGGCCUAGAAGAUUUUAAUAGGUAUUUUUCUAAAUAUUUAAUCAAAGGGAUUGAAAAGACUUUAAGGAUGGCAAACUCUCAACUGAAAUGCCUGGAAGAUGAUCAGCAAUUUGUAGAUGUAACUGAGACCAGCCCUGAAUUUUAUUACUCGGAAAAUCAAAGGACAGCCAUGGAAACUCUUAUUUCUUCUGGAACUCAGGCUUUUGAAAACUUUCUUAAAAAGGAAAGACUUCGCCAAUUUUUGUCAAAGGAAGAAAUUGCUUCCAUUGUGAAUUCAGUGACUGAUUCUCAGCUGGGUAAACUAGAACUGGAAGAUGACGCUGAGCUUGAUGAAGACGUGAGUGUUAGUUACUGGCCUGCAAGAACCGAUGUGCCAACCCCCAUGCUGGAACUGGGUUGGCCUGAAGAAGGUACAUGGAAAGGAAUCACAAGGGCAGAACUGUACACACAUCCUCCUACUAAUAAUGCUCCUCAUAUUAAGGUGGUGAUUAGAAGAACUAUACAAAAAGCUACAAAGGUUAUAGCAGUUGUCAUGGACCUUUUCACAGAUCCAGAUAUAUUUUUGGACUUGCAUGAAGCAGCCACAAGGCGCAAGGUCCCAGUCUAUAUUAUUCUGAGCCAAAGCCAUCUUUCUUCUUUCCUACAUAUGGUGGAAUCAACUGGAGUCAAUAUCCGGUUUACUGAGAAUAUACGCGUGCGAGUGGUAUCGGGAUGUACCUACAACACAAGGCAGUUAAAGCAAGUCACGGGAAGUGUUAAAGAAAAAUUCCUGUUAGUGGAUGGUGACACUGUAAUCACUGGAACAUAUAGCUUCACAUGGAGCGAUUCACGCCUGGAAAGAAACUUGAUCACUCUCCUAACUGGAGAAAUAACAGACUCAUUUGAUGAACAGUUCCGAACUCUGUUUGCUUCCUCAAGGCCUCUACAGAGAUACGAUUCUGCCAAAGACUCCAACAAAGAAGCCAUUAGAAGAGUACAAGAACCUUUACCUCAAAUACCAGUUGCCAAGGAGGUUGAUAUGGUCAAUAAUGCCAAGCCUUCGGUGGAAUUACUAGAACCCUAUACAAAUGGAUUUUCUUCACCAAAGAGGUUUAACACCAGUGGUGCAUUACAACCUAAAGAUGUAAUGUCGACCCCUUUAGUUACCCCAUUUAUUGGGGUUCCAUUAUCCAAAAGUGUUAAUAAGAUAGCAGAACGACGGACGAUAGUUCCACCUAUAAUGAAAAUGACAGGGGCAGAUGCUGGAUUUAACCAGUCAUCUGAUCGCCAUCAGGACUCUUCAGUUAAAGCCAAAGAAACCGUUAAUGUGCCUGACUCAUCUAUUCGGCAUCGCUUAGCUGCCUGCCAGAAUUUUGAAGGACCUACAGUAAACUUACGAAGUGCACAAGAAUCACACAGUGCCCUCAGCGAUAUUCUUAAGAAUGUGCAACGUUCCAAACCAUCUGUUGCCAAAACCACAGGAGGGAGACCUAGUAAAUCUCUCUGGGAUCUUACACAGUUGUCCCAAAUGGCUGGCUAUGGUGGAGAGAUGGAACUCGGGGAAGAUGCAAAGCAUUCAAAAAGCAGAUGGCUUUCAACGGACACCCCUGCCAUGCUGCUGAUGCGCCACAGAGCAUUUCCAAGUGAUGACCCGAGAUCCCGAGAACAUUCUAACCUGGCCUCACCAGUUUUUAAGCCUUCGGCUGUGAUCACACCCACAAGACUACAAGGCCAGCUCACAUACGGGGCUUCCAACGCCUGGUUUAACUCACCAAGAUCAGGACGAACACUCUUCUUCUCAUGAUUGUUGUUCUAAAGCAGGGGUCCCCAACCUUUUUUACCUGUGAGCCACAUCCAAAUGUAAAAAGAAUUGGAGAGCAACACAAACAUUGAAAAUUUCCCUUGGGAUGCCAAAUAACGGCUGUGAUUGGCUAUUUGGUAGCUCCUAUAUGGACUGGCAGCCUACAGGAGGCUCUAUUUGACACUUUCCUUAGUUUCUAUGCAAUUAAAAUUUGCUUUCAUGUUUGGAAUUCAAAAAUAAGCACCUGCUUUAAGGACCCUGAGAGCAACAUCCAAGGGGUUGGAGAGCAACAUGUUGCUCACGAGCUACUGGUUGGGGAUCACUGUUCUAAAGCUUCAAUUUCAUUUUAACGUCAGAUGUGAUUUAUGGACACCAGCGCCGGGAGCACCAACGUAAAUCAAACUUUCCUUUUUAUUGAAAACGAUCCAUUUCAUGUUUGAAUAUGAACAUCUAUAAUGAACAAUAUCAUCUAACAAUAUACUGUUAUAUCUGUUUAUAUAUCAGGCUUGAUAUAUUCAACCUAGUAUAUGGCCUGAUGCAGGGAGAUUUCUUCUACAGUCAUUCAGAAUGUGAAUUAAAUUGAUUUUCUUAUACCAAA